CAAAAUUUUCUUCUUUUAGUUUUUCAAUAGAUUUUUUACACACAAGACGUUUUAUUAAAUAAGCAAAUUUUUGGAAAGAAUAAUAUUAAAUUGUUUAUAAGAAAAAAACCUGAUAUUGAAAUUUAAUUAUAAAUUUCCGCCAUGAAUCCAUGUCAUAUUUGUCAAACUGAAACAAAAAAUAGUUGUUCGAAUUGCAAACAAGUGUUUUAUUGCAGUGCCGAACAUCAAAAGAAAGAUUGGAAGGAGCACAAGAAGAAUUGUCAUCCAUUUAAGAUUGCAGUUAACAAUGAAUUGGGUAGACAUUUGGUGGCCACUCGCACCAUUAAACCCUUUGAAAUCGUUUUGAAAGAAACUCCCCUGUUUCGUGGCCCCUCUCAACUAACUGCCCCCGUUUGUUUGGGUUGUCUGAAUGCCAUCGAUCCUCAGGACUAUAAAAAUUGUGAAAAAUGUGGCUGGCCGCUGUGUGGCGAUGAGUGUGUCUAUAAAGCCGAACACAUCUAUGAAUGUGAAUUAACCGCGGCAAGAGGUAAACCGGCCAAUGUCCAAGAAUUCACCAAUCCCCAUCCGCUGUAUCAGUGCCUGAGUACGGCACGUUGCCUGAUGUUGCGUGACAAGGAUAUGGAGAGAUGGAAGAAAAUCAAUGAAUUGGAAUCAUUGGAGGAUCAACGCCGGGGAUCGAUGCAAUGGAAGGCGGAUUAUGAGAGUGUAUGCAAAUUUAUAUUGAAAUUCUUCAACACCAAACUCUUUAGUGAAGAUGAAAUAAUGCGGAUUAUUGGCAUUUUACAAAUCAACGGUCACGAAGUGCCCACCUCUGAUCCACCUCAUGUUGCUCUGUUCUACAAGGCCUCAUUCUUGGAACAUUCAUGUACACCCAAUUUGGCAAAGAGUUUCAACAAAGAUGGCAAUCUAAUUCUCUGGGCUCCCAAAGAGAUUAAAAAGGGUAGUCAUCUCAGCAUUUGUUACUCCGAUGCUGUGUGGAGUACCGGCGAUCGUCAACGUCAUUUGAUGCAAACGAAAAUCUUUAAGUGUCAAUGUCCAAGGUGUCUCGAUGUCACCGAAUAUGGCACCAAUUAUUGUGCCCUCAAAUGUGAAAAGGAUAGCUGCAGGGGUUUGAUGUUGCCGGCCAGUCUCAACGAUUGGCACAAGGAGUGGACUUGUAUGGAAUGUAAAUCUCAGGUAGAUAAGGUCUAUGUCAACAACAUACUGGAGAGAGCCGGCAGUGAUAUUAACGCCAUGGAGAAAACAAAAGAAAAUUGCCUAAAAUAUUUACAACACUAUGGCAAAUGGUUGCCCGGCAAUCACUACUACAUGUGCGAGGUGAAAUUGUAUUUGGUACAACAAUUGGGUAAACAAGUUAACGAACUGAUGGUAUUGUCUGCUGAAGAGUUGAACAUGAAAUUGGAAUAUGGCAAAGAAUUGGUGGAGCUCUAUGAAAAAUUGGCACCAUGUGAGGUCCGCAUGCUGGGUACAUUGUGUUUUGAGGUGCACUCAGCCAUUGCCGAAAACACCAGACGCAUAUCACUGCAAACGAGUCUAUCGCCCAAGGAGCUCUUAGAAGAAUCUCUAUUGUAUGUGGAGAAGGCCGUCGGUUAUCUACAAUACGAAUCGGAUAUCUUUGUUGAGGGUCAUAUUUUGAAACAAGCCAAAAUCAAUAGAGAUGCCCUGAAAAUGGUUAUGAGAAUGUAAACAUCAAGAAUAAAGUGAAUAAAGAAGGAAUUAAAUAAAAAAAAUCAAAUAAAUGUCAUAUUAAAAAAA